UCUCUUAUCUGUUUGUUUGUCCGUAAUAUAGGAGACAGGGAGAGGAGCCUGCACGUCCUCGGUCUCAUUUUCCCCUCUUGGACUCCGCAGCUGAACCAUGAACGCGGGCGGGCAAAGCGACAAUUUCGGCUCGGUGCCGUUUUCUCCAGGGGCCACCGUAUUAGUAGAAGUGAGUGCCGAUAUUCACAUUUGUGGCAUCUGCAAGCAACAAUACAACACAUUAGAUACGUUUGUGGCCCACAAGCAAAAUGGCUGCCAUCUGGGUACAGCUGCAGGCCCAAAUUCUGUUCAGUUUGUGGCAGAGGCAACGACAUCAGCAACACAGACUCAGACCGCUACCAGUACCAUUACCGCACAGACGCAGACGAUCUCAGUUUCCAGCCGUUUGUCAGAGUUUGGCUUUGAACAAGGCUUUCAGACUUAUCUACCAAGUACCAGCAGUGCAGGUCCAGUUACCAAUCUAUCCCUAGGACGCACCAGACUUACUGCAAAAAAAUCAAAAUCAAAUUCAACAUCACCAAAGAAAUUAGCAUGCUGUUACCCAGGUUGUCCAUUUCAAACAUCCCAUGGAAAUAAAGAUUUAGAUCGACAUUUAAGAACUCACACAGGUGAGAAACCAUUCAAAUGUGAUCUUUGCAACAAGAGAUUCAGUCGCCUAGAUAAGCUGAAGAUGCAUAAUCGUUCACAUACUGGAGAGAAGCCACACAAGUGCCAGCACUGUAAUUAUGCUGCUGCUGAUAGCAGCAGCCUGAAAAAGCACCUCAGGAUCCACUCUGACGAGCGUCCAUUCAAAUGCCAGAUAUGCCCCUAUGCCAGCCAUAGUUCCAGUCAGCUCAUUAUUCAUCUUCGCUCUCACACUGGUGAUGCUCCUUUCCAAUGCCAAUUGUGUGAUGCUAAAUUUAAAAUCAAUUCAGACCUAAAGAGACACAUGCGCAUCCAUUCUGGUGAAAAACCAUACCAGUGUGACUAUUGUGAUUAUCGCUGUGCCAUGAAGGGGAAUCUCCGAUCUCAUGUCCGUGUGAAGCAUAGCAUGGAGAACACUUUCAAGUGCCCUCACUGUGACUUCCAGUGUGGCAAUAAAUCCACUCUUCGGCAGCACGUAAGGUCUCACCAGCCAGAUAAGCCGAUUAAGUGCUUGCAAUGCAGCUACUCCUGUUCCAGUAAAGGAUCUCUGAAGGUGCAUGAAAGGAUUCAUUCUGAAGAUCGACCUUUCAGAUGCAAAUUUUGCUGCUUUGAUUCAAAGCAACGGAGUAACCUGCUUAUGCAUAUGAAGAAACAUCAUAUAGGUAAGGACAAGACUGGUGCAGGGAAGAAAGAUAUUGAUGGUCGUAAGCAAAACAGUUCAAGGUUAGUGGUCAAACUGGAUGCCAAAAAGCCUUUCAAAUGUGACUUGUGUGAAGCAAGUUUUGUCAGAGAAGAUUCACUACGCAGCCAUAAGAAUCAACAUCGUGAUUUGUCCCACAGCAGUGAAAGUAGUGAACUAGGAGUUCUACAUCUGCAGGUGCAUCAUGAUAACCAAGGCAAUUCUCCUUCAAUGUCUAGUGAUCUUCAAUCAAGAUCAGUCACAUCCUUUAGCAAAGGAGAGGUGAAUAUUAUUGUUAGCCACCAGCUAAAUCCAACUAACCCCAUUGUUCAAGAAGCUGUAAAUGAACAUCCUACAAUAAGAGAUUCUAUGGUGUCUGAAUCCAGCCCAGAUGGGGAUGAUGUAACCUCCAGUAGCCAGCUGCAACUGUUACAACAGGUCAGCCUGAUUGCUCCAACUCAACAGACAAUAUCCCAGAAUGAAGUCGAAACUAGCUCGUCUUUAGAACAGGAAGGCCCUUUACUUAGCCCAGUUGAUUCAAGUUCUACAGACAACCUACAUCAGGCUCUAAUGCAGACCACACCAGAUGCUAGCCAGGAAUCUUCAAACAACCAAUCAUUCAUCACCGAACCUGCAAUUAAUUGUUCAGAUCUGGAUGGCUUCAAUGCCCUCAUUCAAGAGGAAAGCAGAGAAGUCACUGUAGUUAGUGAUUCUAACCAGACUGUUGCAACUGCCUCCUCAUCCUCAACAUCGCCCAUCUUCUCCUCCCCAUCCCCUCAGAUGCAGGAAUCUAAACAAACCUAUUCUCUUGUUCCAGCUGGUGCUCCGUCCAGCGUUACUUGCUCAGUAUUACAAAUCCCAUCUCAUAACUCUUCAGCUACAGAAUUUCCUUCCCAGUCCGAGGAAACAAACAGUCUUUUGGUAUCCAGUAUUGGCAUCAGCACUUCAGGAGUGAUUAUACAGAGUCUUCCAGUGGUUGUUUCCACAGCACAGCCACAGCCAUCUGAUGAUCAGCUCUCUGAGAGGGCUUUCUAUUCUGAGUCCAGUGCUCCAUCAGCCUUAGUGCUGCAGGAUACCUCUCAACUUUCUGAUUGACAACCAAUGCACCCCACCCCUGGUGCAAAGAACGCAAAACCUAUCUGUUCUGUAACUGAAACUCAAGGGUGGACAAUGUAGUAUGGGUAUAUUUCUGGUAUGGAGCCCCAGUGUAAUUAACUGAAGUUCAGUGAUGAAGUAGAAUCCGGUGUUGUUUGCUGUGUUCUGUAGGCAGCUCUGAUCCAGCAAGUGUGAUUAUUUUGCACAGUCGCCUUUGAAGUGGGACCAUCCCCACAACAAACUAUCUUGAUAAUUGUAAUCUGAGAUCCUAGGCUCACCUUGCAUCUUCUGUUAAAGUUAGCAGAGUUUGGAUUCAAAUCUUGACCUUAGUUAAUAAUUCAGAAUAUUAAUUACUUUGUUCUUGGGUGAGUUCAAUACUUAGUAGCUCAUUGCAAGUAUACACUCCAAAAUAGAAGGGAAAGCAAAAUCAUCAGUGAAUCAUAUUCUCUUUCAUGUUUGUCUGAUCAAACAGCUUAUUGAUAAAUCAUAUUGAAUGAUGAAGGGAGUAUGGUAAGUGAGGGUAGGGAUCAAGUGUGAGCCUUUCAAGCUUUGGUCCUUGUGGAGUUAGCAUUAACUAAAUCAGCAUCAGAAAUGAGUAUUCAAAAACUGGGGAUUUGGGAAGAAUUCAUAAUUAAGUUAUUAUCUCUAUUGAAUAUGUGUUUGCCAUGGGCUGUACAUUCAUAAUCUCCUGACUGUUUGGGUUCACAGAUUAUGGAUCUUUAUGAGCAAAAGUAUUCAAAAAAUAAACAACAGGUUUUUAUCCAAACAAUUCCUGAGCAAAAAUACUCAAGGAAAAACAAAAGAUAUUCCUAUUAAGUGGCAUCAAAUGAUUUUACUCAAGUAGGCAAUGUAAACUGCACCACCUGGAGGGAGAUAAAACUGAAGCUAAAAGCUAAUGGAGAUUGUUCCUCACGCAGGACAUAAUUCUCUCAUGAUUUUGCUUCUCCUGUUUCUUCCAUAUAAUCUCUAAUUGAAUCUAAUAUUGAACACAAUCAUUCUAUAAUGGAUUUAAUUUUAAUCUGAAGUUAAUUAAACCACUAAAUUACAGCUACCAAGCAUCUGAGUGCAUUUGAAGCAGGAUAAGUUUUUAAUGAAUCAUCAACUAGAUGCAGCAAGCAUGUAUAAAAUUGUUAUACUUCAAUCGGGGUAGAGCUUGUAUAUUGUGAGUUGUAACUAUUCCGUGAAUGCAACUGCAAACAAAGCUAGAUAAUAAAAGUUUACCAGUACAAGAAGUAUAAUCUGUGGAGUGUGCUGUAUCAGGUUAAGCAUUAUUUUGAAAUUAGAGGUUUAUAAGAUUUAUUAUCAAACUCCAAUAAUGAGGAAAAAGAAACAUGUGUCAAUAACUAACGGGAUCAAU